GACCGCCGAGCCACGCUCGUUAUCCGCACCCCGCGAGCCCGCGCCGGAGCGCUGCGAGCAGGGGCGGGCGGCUGGCCUGUGGCGCGGCGCGUCUGCCGGCAGUGUUGUGACGCGCGUCACUCCGAGCGGCGGCGGCGGCGGCACGGGGGAGGCCGGCAGCCGGUGAAAGCGGGCAGCGACGCAGCUGCGCGCUCUCUCCCGACGCGACAAAGGCGCCGGCCGCAGGCGGAGCGCGCUGGGCGCCGCGCGGUCAGCCGGCGGGGUGAGAGCGCACAUUCCUGGCGUGGUGACCGGCGGCGGCCACAAGCGACCACGCCCGCUGCUGAAGCUCGCGCAGGGAACGCGGAUGGCAGUGCGCGCCGCACGGUUGCGGGCCGUGUGACUGGCGUCCGGCCGUGACGCGGCCGCUGAGCCGAGGCACGAUGCGGUGGUGCGUACUGUGCGUGGCGCUGGUCGUGCUGGUGGCGGUGGCGCGGGCCGCCCAGUGCCCGUCCGUCUGUUCCUGCCGCUGGAAGUACGGCAAGCAGACGGUGGAGUGUCGUGCCGGAGGGCUGCGUGCCGUGCCCGAGGGCCUGGACCCGGGCACGCAGGUGCUCGAGCUCUCCGGGAACGAGCUGCGCGAGCUGCCGGCCGAAGUGUUCCGCCGCGCCGGCCUGCUCAAUCUGCAGAGGAUCUUCCUGGCUAACUGCCGGCUGCGAACGGUGGACGACUCAGCGUUCGCCGGCCUCACCAACCUGGUCGACCUCGACUUGUCGGGCAACACGCUGACCGCCAUCCCGCAGCGCAGCCUGCUCAGCGUGCCGGCACUGCGCGAACUCAAGAUGGCCAACAACGCCAUCCAGCGCGUGGAGGCGGACACGUUUUCGGCCGUGCCCGGCCUGGUCAAGCUGGACCUGAGCGACUGCCAGAUCUUCGAAGUCGACCCGGCCGCCUUCGACCCGCUCGACAUCCUGGAGAGCCUCAAGAUCAGCGGCAACCGGCUGCAGGCACUGCCGGAGCGCACGGUGGUGGCCCUGCGGCGCGUACACAACGUCGAGCUGCACGCCAACCCGUGGGAGUGCGACUGCCGGCUGCGGCCGAUGCGCGACUGGCUGCAGCGCCACAACAUCCCGUACCCGAUCGCGCCCAGCUGCCACGGGCCGCCGCGGCUGGCCGGCCGCUCCUUCAAGGAGCUGUCCGCCGAUGACUUCGCGUGCCGGCCGCAGCUGCUGCCGAUGGUGCGCGAGGUGGCGGUGACGGCCGACGACAACGCCACGCUCACCUGCCGCAUCGGCGCCGUGCCGCAGGCGCAGCUCAGCUGGUUCUGGCGCGGCCAGCAGCUGGAUAACAGCACGCGGCUGGACGGCGGCCGGCGGCCGGUGAUCGUCGAGGAGGGCCGUUCUGAGGAGCGCGUCAGCCGGCUGGUGAUCCCGGCCGUGCGCGCCGAGGACGCCGCCGCCGACUUCCACUGCGUGGGCGUCAAUCCGGCCGGCGACGCCGAGACCAACUUCACUCUGACGGUGGGAGCGCGGCUGGCGCUGCUGGCGCCGCUCGACGCCGGCCAGAUCGCCGCCAUCACCGGUGGCCUGCUGCUCGCUCUCGUGGUCGGCAUCACGCUCGUGAUCCUGUUCCUGAGGAGGACGCGCCACAUGCGCCAGGACGACAAGGCCAAGCGGCCCCCGCCCGGACCGGGAGGCGUGGUCAACGUCGAGACGGCACCCGACGACGACGUUAACCCCGUACAGAAGCCGCCGCGACUCACCGAGCUCAGCUACAGUCGCUAUGGCGCCAGCAACGGCCACGCUGUGCCCUCCCAGUCGGCCGUCUAUGUCCGCGGGCCGGACCUUAUCAACGAGAUCGACGGGCGACGCAUGCCGGCCCCGACCGCCGUGCACGGCGCGCCCGCGGGUGGCUACGGCCUCUCUCCGGCCGGCUACGACGCCUCUCCAGCCGGCUACGGCGCCUCUCCAGUCGGCUACGGCGCCUCCCCAGCCGGCUAUGGCGCCUCUCCAGCCGGGUACGGCGCCUACCCCGCCGACUACGGCACCCCCGCGCCGCCGUACCAGGGCCGCGGCCAGGUGAAUCCGCUGGCCGACGACAGCUACGAGCUGCAGCAGCUGCCGUCCACCAGCGACUCCGACCCGGAGCGGCUGGACCCGGCCGUGUACGGCUACCCGGCCGACUACGGCCUGCCCAUGCCCGAGAUGGCGGAGCCGGCGUACGGGCCGGCGGCGGAGCGGCUGGCGCCGCCGCCGGCCGGCCUGCGACCCGUCUCCACGUCAUCGGCCGAGACGGCGCUCAACACGUCCCGCGACUCGCGCGGCGAGCUGAGCACGUCGCGCGACAGCGUGGGCUCGGGGCCGCGGCGGCGCGGCUGGCAGAUGGGCGUGCCCGCCGGCACGGACGUGUGA